UGUCAAUCAUUGUAGUGACUUUCACUGACACCAGUUCACACACAGCUGUGCGCGCAGACAGACAGAAGACCCAAAGUUUAAAGUCAACAUGGCAAGCAGAAUCCUUCUGAGAGCCUGUCGCCUGACUCUGAUGGGAAGACAAAAUAUUUUAAUGAAAACCCCUCAGCGUGCGAUGGCCGGUAAAGGAAUCCCGACAGAUGAAGAGCAGGCAGCGGGGCUGGAGAGACGCAUCCUGCAGGCCAUGAAGAAAGGCCAGGAUCCAUACAGCAUUCUCAAGCCAAAGGAAUACACUGGGACCAGAGACGACCCUCAUAUCGUCCCCAGCAUCAAUAACAAACGACUGGUCGGCUGCCUCUGUGAGGAGGACAACACUGCGGUCGUUUGGUUCUGGCUUCACGAGGGAAACCCUCAGCGCUGUCCGUCCUGCGGCUCACACUACAAACUGGUCCAUCACGAGCUGCCACACUGAGCUGGACCACACACACACACACACACACACACAAAGCUAAACCUGCAGAAACCGCUGCGUGCCUCUGCCAAACAUGUACAGGAGUCAAGAAUAAAAUUAUUUAAUACAGUCAA